AUCAAUUCUUGUAUUAAAAUCUACUUUACAACAGUGUAGAAAAAAUAUUAUUACUGAUUUUAUUAGUGAUAAGGUAUUAGAGUCAAAUCUCUAUUAUGCAACAUCUGAUUUGGGAAAAAUUCUUAGGAAAUUUAAUAGUAUUAUUCAAGAGGGAAAGGAUACUCUGCUAAAAAUAGAGACAGAUGAUGCUCAUAUAGUUUGUUUUGAUGUAUCUGUAUGUUGUAGGGGUAAUAUUGCAUAUUUUAAUAGACUAGGAGAAAUUCUUGAUUAUUCUGAUGCACCAGGAGUAGUCAUGUCAUAUCUUCUUAGCUGUGAUCUAUUAAAGUGGAAUAUCCCUAUAUUCGAUGUCUCAGAAAUCGUAACCUCUAAAUUAGAAAAAAUAGAACCUAUCUCUUUACUUACAAAUCAUAUCGGAAAAGAUCAAGAUGAAUUUUCAAUUGCUUCGUCAUCCAAAUCUACUGAUAUAUCUCUGUCUCUUGAGAUCAUGAACGUAGAGUCCUUAGACGAUAAAUCUAAAUCUUCAGAAAUUAUUGAAGAAUCAAAGAUUCAAGGUCACACCUCAUCAGUAAAUGAUAAGCCAGAGAUAUCUCCUGACUUACUUGCAAACAAUAAACCAAAGUCUAGCAAUAAAGAAGUCAAUAUCCAAUUGGAAUCAUAUCCACCUGAGUUUCUCAAGAAUCUUACUGAUGAUAAAAAGCAGAAUCAGGCAUGCAGAUGCCUUCGAGAUGGCUUUAAAUUUAGCAGUGAACAGGUAGGUGUAUUGAUACCUAAUCAGAGAAGUGGAAAAAAUAAAACUAUAAAUUUGGUUGAAGGUAAUUGUAGAAUAGCUAUAACCAAGCUCCCAAAAAGUUUAGAAGAAGAGAUCAUCAAAGAGAAAGCAAAACGAAUCUUGCAAAAUAGAUAUAGGUUUAGUGAAGAUCAAGUAAAUGCUUUAUUCACAAUCCCAAAAACGAAAGUAGACAUAGUGCAACUACCUCAGAUAAAACCGCAACAGAUUUUACAGGAUAAACUUAGCAUUAGAGAUAUAAGAGCUGAAGCUUAUGCCUUAGCCCUAUCAGCAAAAAAUGUUAAUGCUGACUUAUUACGUCUCACUCAUCUUUGCAGAGAAUUAAGGAACCUUAAUGCAUUACUUGAGAUAAUUGAGAGUGUCAAUCGAAAAAAAGCUGAAGCUAAACGUAUUGAUUAUCUAGAUGAAUUUACAUUAGAAUUAGUCAAAGAAAGAUUAGAUGUAUAUGAUAUUAAAACUUUACCUGAUUGUCAGGCUCUUGCUGAUAUUAUAGUGAUAUUUUGUAUUCGUCCUGCUGAACUUAAAACUUUCUGUGCUAUAUCAUCUAGACGAAUGGGUAAUCCAGGUAAGCCAGAAGUUAAAUGGUUCAAUAAAUUCUUAAAAGAUUAUGAUUUAAUUCCUAAAUAUUUACGUAAAUUUGGAGCAGUUUACAGUACAGUAGCACAUAAGGCCAAGAAUAUGACUCAUGCUUAUACAAUUGCUAGAGAAUGUCUAUAUCAUUCAUCUGAUAAUCAUACUUCUUCUGUGCAAAAUUACAUUGUAGUCAAUUAUAGAAAAAGAGGAAUUCUUUAUAAACAAGUAAGACGAUUUCAUAUCUAUGAUUAA